UUUCAAAAUGGGUGGAGCUUCAGGCCGAGAGAAAGCGUUACAAAAGAUAAUUAAACAAAACAAAAGCGGAAUCACAGACCAAGAUCUUGAAGAAAUUAUGAUGAACACUCAAUUCUCAGAAUUUGAACUAGUUAAAUUACACAAGAAGUUUAUGGAACUGGAUACGAAGAAGAGAGGCAAACUCACCAAUAGAGAGUUCCUUCAAUUAGAAGAACUACAGGUCACCCCCUUCAGGGCACGCCUGAAGUAUGCGUUUCCUUUAAAGUCCGAUGAAGAGGUCGCAGCAUCUGAUCAAUUGAAGCAAGAAACCCUUAAAGUUGAAGAUUAUAAUGACUUUGAAGAAUUAUUAGGCAAGAAUGAUAAAACUGUUGAUAAGCUAAAUGAGAAUAACAAGACUAAAGAAGACAUGAAGACCGGCAUGGAAGAUGUCAAACAAAACCUCAAAGAAAAAGAUGACGAAGAUGCUAAAGAAGAAAGGAAGGAGAGUAAUAACAAUCAUGAAGAAAGCAAGCACGAAUUCGGCCAAGAUGAAGACGAAGAGAAUAAAUAAGGAGCAUAAUUUUGAAGGAGAUGAUGUCAAGAAUGAUAUAGACACCCCACAGUUCAUAGGAACUCUUGGGCUUAAGGCUUAUAUUGACUUCCAAGAAUUUUGAAGACUCCUUUCUGUGUUCAACCCUAGGUUCAACAUCGAUGAAAAGGUAAAGUUUUAUUUCAGAAUAUUUGACUGUGAUGAAGAUAAGAAGAUCACAGAAGAUGAUUUAUACACUGUCGUAAACUACCUAUUUGGAACUCUGGAAGAGGAAAAUGGAAAGGACUUUAGUGAAGAAGACAGAAAACACCUUGUAGAAAAAUUAUUCCAGGAGGCUGAUACCGGACAGAAGGAAUACCUAGAUGUUGACGACCUCGAGAAGAUCCUCUGGGUCACCAAUAUCGAACAGAAAUGAUCCAUGACAUUUUUCAUCGAGUAG